AUGACCAACACUGAGAACCAAGUUGCCUCCGCUGAGCAAGACCUUCCUUCCAUCCCAUCUCUCGCGGAUAUCCUGCCUUCGUUCAGGCUCGACGGCCAUGUGACCAUCGUCACAGGCGGGUCUGGUGGCCUUGCACACACCCUUACACAAGCGUUGCUCGCGCAGGGCUCGGAAGUAGCCCUGCUGGACCUGAAUGUCGAGCGUCUUGAGUACACCGCUCGCGAGCUCCAGGAGUUUCUCAAGGCCAACAAGCUGCCCAAGCUCACGAUCUCGACGUGGCCAUGCGACAUAGGUGACGCGGCCAUUGUCGAUGAAGUGGUGCGCGCCAUCCCUCUCAAGCACAACGGCAUCUUGCCGGACAAGCUGGUGCACACUGCGGGGUACUGCCAGAACAUCCCCGCCAUGGACUACGAUGCGCGCCAGGCGGAACUGCUGGUGCGUGUGAACCUGAUGGGCUCGCUGUACGUGUGCCAAUCCAUGUCGCGCCAGCUGCUGCAAAAGUCGCAGAGACGUCGUUCCGUGUCGUCGGACUCCAGCGAGGCCGGCGAGGCUUUCCCACAGCUCACGAAUGUGUCGUACGUCCUUAUCGGGUCCAUGUCGGGAUGUAUCGUGAACAACCCACAACCCCAGGUGGCCUACAACAUGGCCAAGGCCGGUGUCAUCCACAUGGUCAAGUCCCUGGCGUGCGAGUGGGCUCGCUACGGGAUCCGCGUCAACUCCAUUUCCCCAGGCUACAUCGCCACCGCACUCACCAAGAAGGUGAUCUCUGGCUCCCCAGAGGGCGCAGCGCUGCAACAGGAAUGGACCUCGCGCGUGCCAAUGGGCCGCAUGGCCGACCCUCGCGAGUUCGUGGGCGCCAUGCUCUACCUGUUGAGCCCUUCUGCCUCUAGUUACACGACUGGUGAGAACCUGGUCGUCGACGGAGGCUACACCUGUUGGUAA